AUGGCCGACGGCGGGUUUGUGAGUGGCAUGGAGAUAGGAGUGGACGAGCGGUACUGGGUAGCGCGUGUUAAACGUGCGCGGUCUCGCUUCGGCGACCGGCAGACGUAUCAUUCGAUGCGUAUUGGUCUCGCUUUGGCGACCGGCAGACGUAUCAUUCGAUGCGUAUUGGUCUCGCUUCGGCGACCGGCAGACGUAUCAUUCGAUGCGUAUUGGUCUCGCUUCGGCGACCGGCAGACGUAUCAUUCGAUGCGUAUUGGUCUCGCUUUGGCGACCGGCAGACGUAUCAUUCGAUGCGUAUUGGUCUCGCUUCGGCGACCGGCAGACUCACCAUACGAUGAAUCCGAGGAAUCACAGCCCAUCCUCGCAGCACAAGGACCAGACCUCUCCAUGCCUCUGCUAGACGAUGACUCUGGAGCCGGUCCCUCAACAAGUGGCGCCGCCAGUUCCAGCGGUGCCGCACCAGGUUCGCGGGUCGAGGACGACCGCCUGUCAGGAGAGGCCGUGUUAGCUGAGUCUGACAGUGACACCUCACAACCGACCGGCCGCCUAUAA